AUGACGUCAUACAAGGCAUAUCUUUGUAUGGAUCUCAUGCUGUGCACAAGGGAUGGAUACGCGGGUCUCUCACCGCAGGCUGCCUUGAGCAUCUUUGGAGUUUACUGGUCUGUUCGCUGCUUUAUACAGCCACCUCAAUUAGUUGACUUGCGCUUCGUGCUCGAGCUACCGGAUCAAUCGGCUCUAUCCAAGGUCCGAGCAAUAUCGAAAGCCAUUCAAUUCGGGGAAAGUCCACCUUCAGGCGAGGUUAACGGAGAGCUAGGGACGACUUGCAAGCUAUUGGCCCUAAUGGGUUGCUGGGUCCAUGUCCGGGAAUUUGUGGCAGCCUUGCGCAUAGCGGAAGACCCAGUAUCUAUGCUCACAUCCUUCACUGAAAUGGAUAUCCAAACGACAGCCUGCUUCAACUCCUUCGACAAUGCACGGCAUGCCUCUCCGGAAUCAAGCCCCGCCAGCCUUGACAAGUUCAUCGUAGCAGACAUUCUAUACCAUCAAUGCCGGGCCAUCCCCCAUCUGUAUAUGUUUCUUCUUAACCAAGACACCUAUGCUACCCAGCACGAAUUUGUGCAGCUAAGUGGCAGUAUGGGCUUUCGUCAUCUGCUGCUGCUCACAGAAUCCAUCCAUCGGCUUCUUCAAUUGCACGGCUCCGGCCAAGGCACCUCCGCGCCGCCAUUCGUGGGAUACCCAGCCUUCCUCGCCGCGUCGCUGCAACUAGGCAGCCUGGUGUACCUACGCGAACAACAACAGCAACAGCCACUCUUUGAGGUUGGGAGGCUGACGGAAACCCUCCGCACUUGUGUCUGCACGAGCCUUAACCUUUUGAAUCGCCUACGGUUCUUCUGGGCCCCACUUCAGGUGAUGGUAAGCCAGCCCGCCUCCUUCUCCUCGCUUCCCGCUUUCUUACUCCUUACCCCGACGCAGUGGAACCAGCUUCUACCACUGAUAGCGCGUGCUUCUAUACCGAUCCCGGAUGCGGAGCCCGUCGCAGGUACUGCCAAACCUCUUGUAUCAGACCCAAUCGCGAAGGAGCUCCAAAGCUUCGCCACCCGCCACCUGUCCGAGAUUAUGCUUACUAUUAACAUUCGAGAGCCAUUUUACCUGCCUCUCGAGACAGAAGGGCCUGAACAGGAUAUUCUACUCUCUAUCAUAUAUCCCCCGCUUCCCCGGCCGGACCUCCUCAUCAUCACGUCCCAGAGGAUGUCCCCUCGACGGUCCGCCAUGACCACGACGAGUUCCUGCCCGAACUGCAUGACCAGCUAA